AUGGGUCGCACUUAUCUUGCCCGAUUUCAUGAAUUUGCCGAUGCCGCUGAAGUAGACGGCCUACAAGCUGUCAACCGUUGGCGUGUCGAACAGCAAGCAGAGUGGAAUAGAGUGUCGAACACGCUCGCGUUCCUCGCCACUAUGAGUGCGGCUAUCCUCGCGAUUUCACCACCCGCUCCCCCUCUCGCUUUCUCUGUUUGGCUGGGAGCAGCUGGGUUGAGCGUCUGCGGUCUUUUCAUUGUUCAGUACUUCCCUAUCCAGGCGUUCUCUAUUUCGGACGAGGACAUGGCAGAGCUAGUGAAAGGUUGCAAUUACAUCAACCCAACUUUUCUUGCGAUUGCGGUCGCCAGCCCUGUCAUAUUCGCCCUCUGGUCAUCUAUUCUUUUUGCCGUUGGCAUCGUCGAUUACAUUUUCGAGAAUACUCGUGGCAAACCGCGGUUCAUGCUACUCUCGCUUGUACCAGUCGCUAUCGGUUUCAUGGCAAGCGCAGCCGUCAUGGUCAUCGCCAGCAUCAUUGGGCAACGUGUUCAAGCCCGCGUAGGUGAUCUGUUACUGAUAUUUUACUUGUUUGACCCUUUCUCUCCUAACUUCACUAGUAUAAGGGAAGGCCACGCCACAGGUGGCAUGGCUUACCGCGCAAUGAUGGAAAUGGUCUGUAAUCUUUCUUUCAUCUUCAUAUCUGCUGUGAACAUGCCACACAGAAAGUGUAUCGAACUCGACGCGGACGAGCGCGGGCGCCUGACCCUGAGAGGGUGUCGACUUAGUUGCACCACAACAAUCUCAUCGUUCCACACAGCUUGAUUGGCCUCGCUUCUUAGAUAAUAUCCAAAGUCUCAGCAAACAUUUACAUCGUUGUAUUAGGCAUGUAGGAUUGAGUCGUGGUCAUC